AUGCCGGAGUCUCAGAACUGCAGAUCAGCGAUUUUGUACCAAAAUGUCUCCAAAACAGUUAUCCUGAUCGAUAUACCUACUUCCAUUGCCGUCGCCCAGCAACUCAAACAGCCUGGCUCUGACGAAUGGGGUAAAGAUAGGGGGCUUUCCCUGCUCUCUUGCGAACCUCUACAACAUCCAUAUCCAAACCCACCAGAGCCAAAAACAGAGGUGGCUCGCAACCGCGUCUUAGCUCAAAUACCAACUUCCCAACAACAGUUUCAAAAAAGGAUUACGCCCAUUAUUAGUAAGGCUCUUCAAGAAAUUCGGGAGCGCCACCACGCCGAUUGGUGUUAUCCUAGGUACUCGUGUUUGCGUAAAGAUGUUGAAGAGCAAAAUGAUGGCGACUUCCGUAAAGAAAACGAAGGUAUUUCGCAACCCGAGCCAAGCGGAUGUCCUCGAAAACGCAAAAGAUGUGAACUAGAUACAGAGAGUUUUGGGGUAACUCAGAAAGAGUCGUCGUUUAUAGAUGAAAUUGAGCUGCAUUCUCAGGACUCUUGUUAUUUUGCUCCCAAUGAACCUCCACUCAUACUUUCGCAGGAUAUCAAUCAUGUCCCAGGCUUAGCUGCAAUUCAAGGCCUCAUGGUCCAAAACCCAACGGCCUUCCAGACUGUCCUAAACAUCAAAUCGCAACAGCAGCCCUGCACUACUACUGGUGGCAGAUCAGCUCCAGAAUAUAUAUCCAUUAACAUUCCUCCAGAAUCUAGCUUCAUCAAUUGCCGUCUUACCCCGCCAACGGAGUCUCAUCCUAGUCCCAUUCGUGCCCUGUCCACAGAUACGAAGUUCAAUUUUAUUCUCAUGGACCCGCCAUGGCCAAACCGCUCAGUUCGCCGCUCUUCAUAUUACAAAGAACACGCCGGACCUCUUCAACCAAUAAUUGAGGGAGUCCUGCAAAACCAUCUCCAUCCACACCAAGCCCUUGUCGCAAUCUGGAUUACCAAUUCAAUAAAAUCUCGUUCCACCACGCUAAAUGCCCUUGGAGCGGCAGGCCUAUACCCGUUGGAAGAGUGGAUUUGGGUUAAAACGACAGUUGACGGUCAGCCUGCCUGGCCACUGGACGGGCUAUGGAGAAGACCAUAUGAAGUACUGAUUUUGGCGCAGCGGGAAAAGCCCACUCCCGAAGAUAAACAACAAAACAACAAGGAUGAAAGCAACAGUGAAUUCUGUGGAAUCAAACGGAGGGUUAUCGUCGCGGUACCAGAUAUCCACUCACGGAAACCAAAUUUGAAAGAGUUAAUCGAAAAUAUAUUCUUUCCAUCGCCAACCAAAGCUCGUAAUGGGACACCAAAUGGGAAGGAAAAGUAUCUUUCUAGGACAUACUCCAGUCUGGAGGUAUUUGCUCGCAAUUUAACCGCUGGAUGGUGGGCGUGUGGGGACGAAGUUUUACGAUUUAAUUGGACGGGUUGGUGGACUGCGAGGGAGAGAACGGAAAAUGAUGUUUAG